AUGAGCACCUCCUCAGCGUCCUCCUCAGAGCCGCCUUCGCCAUCACCGCCUCAGUCCCCACAGGCAAGCUCUCGAGGCCCGCCCAGCUUAGAACGUCUGGUUGUCCAUUUCGUCUCCGCCAAGAGGUCACUCACCUCGGCUUCUCAUGUUUACCGCGCCAACGAGCUGGUCACUAGCUCGCGUACUCUCAUCGAGGAGCUCGCCGCUUUGACUGCCAAGACGGCGUUUGGACGGAAAGGUCUGGACGAGCAGGUAGACACUCUUGAAGCCAUCAAGGACGCGGUCAUCGAUGAUGGAGACCGAGUGGCUAACGACUUUGCGGCGACCGUUGCUGAGCUUGACAAAGCUCACCUGAGGCUGGACAAGACCUUGAAAACGUUGCGGAAGACCAUCGUGGAAGCUACGAGGUCGACGCGAGUGGUAGAAUCGCAAUCCAUCCUCUCAGAGCACGAAGAACAUAUCCCCAAAAGCAACUCACAAAAGACCUUGUACGACUUCAUCGACGAAGAAAAGCAUGAGACUUUGCUUUCGUCUCUCAGAGGGCUGAUCGACAGUUAUCACUUUGCACGAUCAGAUCUCGACAACAGUGUUACCUCAUUCGAGGAAAGCCUCAGAUGCAUUGUCGAGACGCUGAGCGAGGGCUCACCAGAGCAUUCGGGGCCUACGAUCAAGCCUACCAUCUAUGACGAACCGCCUCCAAGUGUCCAACGACUCUUCCAUGAGAUGGAAGGGCACGCAACAGAGCUGGCAUCGCUACUGGAGAAUCUCGUCAAACACUACGACCUUUGCGUCAGUGCGCUCAAGCAUACCGAGGGAGGUGGCGAAGCUGCUCGACAAGCCGUCUCUUCUCAGGAACUAGCUAAGGGCACUCCUGGUGCGGAAGAGAGCUUGUAUGGCAAGACAGUACCGGAGCCAAUCGCGGAUGAAGAAAGACAUGAAAUGCUGAAUGUCCUCGAGAACGAUGCGCAGGAAGUAGACGACGUGAUGAAUGAAAUUAGUGAGCGAGCUUCGGAGAUGGAGGAGCACUAUGAGCAACUUUCCGCCCGAGUGAUGAAAGCCAGGCUGAGACACAAGACUCUGCGGCAGGUUGUCGAUAUGUUACAUGAUGUUCGUGCCACCAUUCCCACUCAACUGGAUGCCGCGACAAGAUUCCGAGAAACCUGGGGAGAGAUCAAUUCCGAUAUGCAAUACAAGACGAAGGAGCUGGCUGAACUUGGUGUCUUUUACGAAGAGUUCAUCUCUGGCUACGGCGAGCUUCUCCGAGAGGAUGCAAGACGACAGGCAAGUGAGCAUCAAGCGAAGAAGAUCGUAGAUAAAGCGAGGAGAGAGCUCGAAAAGCUCUACGAGGCAGACCGCUCUGCGCGGCAAGGAUUCAUGCAAGACGUUGGCGAAUUCUUACCUCGCGAUUUGGCGGCCUGGCAUGGCCUUGAGGACGAGGCGCCUCGAUGGGAGAUCCGUGCCAUACCGCCAGGCGAGCUCCAAGAAGAGAUGCAGUGA